ACUUCAGCCUCGUACACUCAAGCUGUGCAGAGUUUCCUAAGCAACGCUUUUCCUCUGUGAGACUAAUACACAAAAUCACAAAUUUAGGACGAAUUCGAGAGACUUUAAAAUGUCAGAUUACGACGAUCAAGAGUACGACGAGGAUCAAGAAGGGGUUGAUGAACCUGAGAUUGGCCAAGAAGAAGGAGGGGAUGAAGAAGAAGGAAAUGAACAAGAACAGGAAGAAGAAGAGAAAAUUCCAGAGGUUCUGUUAACAGAAGAAGUGAUAGCAGAGAAUCUUUCUUUACUCUGCAAAACUGGAAAUGGCUUAGCACAUGCUUAUGUCAGACUAGACGUGAAAGAGAGAGAAGUCACAGAUAUUAGCAUCCUGAGUCGCUACAUCCAUCUGAGGUACAUUGACCUUACACAGAACAGCCUCCGUGACAUUUCACCUCUUAGCUCUCUGACGCAUCUCUUGACCUUAAACUGUGACCGGAAUCUCCUGACAUCAGCCAAGCUUGAUGAGUUACCAUACUUACAGGUGGCAAGUUUUGCCAACAACAGAAUACAAACGACAGACGGCAUCAACCACCCGUUAUUAGAAUCACUGAAUCUAUCUUUCAAUGAUAUCAGUUUGGUAAGCGGUCUUCAGCCAUCAAAGCUAAGCAAGCUACACACGUUGGAAUUACGGGGAAACAAAUUAACAAGCACAGAAGGAAUUUACCUGCCUAACCUCAAGAAUCUCUUUCUGGGGGCAAACAUGAUCACCAAACUGGAGGGGCUGGAGCGGUUAGAGCACCUCACCACCCUUCAUCUCCGUGAUAACCAGAUCGAGACGCUGGACGGCUUCUCCGAGUCAAUGAGGAACCUACAGUACAUCAAUAUGAGAGGAAACAAUGUCAGCAUCGUCAAGGAGACAGCCAAGAUGAAAUGCCUGCCUAAGCUUCGAGCCUUGAUUCUCUCGGAGAAUCCAUGCGCAGAUGACGAUGAAUACAGAAUGGAGGUUUUGAUCAAUAUUCGGAGAGUAGAACGUCUUGACAAGGAUGAGUAUAACGAGGAAGAGAGGCAGGAGGCAGAAGAAAUCUAUGAGCAGAGGAGAGCAGAAGAGCUUGCUGCUGGAGAGGAUUCUGCAGAUGAGUGAAUUGCUGUAUAAUGCAGCUAAAGCAGGCUUGAGAGUUUAUGGAGCAGAAGAAGUCAUACACUCGGAUGGGGAAGAUGCCUGAUACAUCUCCUCUUCAAAAACAUAACAUUAAAGACCACCACAGUCCUUACGAUUAGCCUACGACCCAAAUUUGAAAUAAAAUGUUAUGACGAUUGGUGGAAAGAUUGAAUCAUGGAACAAACUAGAGUUCAAAGAUCUGAAUCGUUGUUUAGAUACUUUGCUGAAAUUUUAUAGCUGCUCCAUUCAUCUUUAAUAGAUAUAAAAGUAAAUUUGUUUCAGAAUUUCAAUGACCAUGUAGCAAUUGGAUGAUAAGCUAUAAAUUUUAGCCAUCUUGCCCAAUAUGGACAUUGCUCCUAUAGGUUUGCAAACAAGUUAACAUUUUGAAAUUUGUAUUCUAUAAAUAGUAAUUCUGAUCCUCAUACAAGAUAAUCCUUAGAAGAUUAUUAGAAUAAUCCUUCUCCCAAAAUUGGGUCGUAGACCAGUUGUAAGGUGUGCGGUGGCCUUAUAACUGCUCCAUGUGGGAGCAUACUCAACCUUUAUCCGUCCUUACAAAAUAUUAUGCAACAAAUUCAUACAGCCCUUUUUAUGUCACAAUCUGUUCCUGUUACCACAUCAUUUUUGGUUAUUUAUAUGAUAUUGAUGGUGUUGAAGAUAUAAAAUAGGUUUGAGGGCCAUUGAAAUACCGCUAGUAUAAAGCACGUUAUAUUUGUUUGUUCCGGUUUGUGUUUAUGCUCUUCUGAGACGAUCCCUUGAAGAUUCAGUUCAAAUGGAAAGUUCUCCCUGGUGAUAAGUUGAUUUAAAUAAAAGCAGAUAAAGUAGAGAAAAUUUAAACCUUCAUAAAUUAGCUUUAUUUAAACAUCAAGAAAAUUAAUGGCUCACAUUCUGGCACUUCAUGCUCUUGCUGUUCAUGAAUUCGAUCAUAAAUUUGUUAGUAAUUUUACAAACAGCGUUAUGACUUACCUCUUUGGGCCUGUUGCAGAUAGAAUCAGAUUUAAAUCAUAAUGCAAAAAAAAAAAUUAAUUGCUAGUCAAAACAAUUAUUUCAUUUUGAGUUGCGUUUGAUUACAACUAUUUGUGUGACAGGGCCCACAGGAGAUUCACUGACAGUGAUGAAAUAGCUUCUACUGAGAAAAUUAGAGUGUCUUGUGAAAGUCUUCAUCUUUAGGGGGUCUUUUGAUGAACACGAGAAACCAACUGCUAACUUGCAAUUACAUGUCAAAUUUAAAAUAAGAAAUCCAUAUCUAUAUUUUUUGUUGGAAGGAACAGAUCAUUUCAGUUGAAAAUCUUUACGUAAUUGUUAAACUUAUGAUUAAUUCUUAAACGUAAAACUGACUCGAAAUUGAUUUUAAGUUCUUUUGCAAUACCCUCUUAAAAAUACUUAACCCAUUUGACUGCACUUCACAUUCAUUUGGUUUUACAAGCAUUCAGAUUAUCAUAAAUACAUUUUUUUAAUUAAAUAUUCGUAAAAUCUGACUUGGUUAUUUAGUAAGUUAGUUGUAUAUCAUGGUGUGGGUAGAAACCAGAUAAAUUGGUCCAAAUUGUUUAUAUCCAUCUUUUGAAUUUUUCACAGUAAAACAUAAUGAGUGUAAGGAUGAAUAUUAUCAUAUUUAACUUUAUACCACACUAACGUUGCUAUUCUAGAAUGAGGAGACAUAAGGAAAUUUCAGAACCCUUUUACGGCAAAUAUACGAAUGAUAACCAUAAUUAAUCUUUGGCUUAAAAUAUUGAAGGCAUAAAACAUUCCUAAAUGAUUAAAUCAAUUUAUUGCUAUCAACUUUUUACAAUAUUUGUAUAUAUUGUAUGUACAAUGAGAAGCUUAUGUGCUAUAUGUUUUGAAUUACAUUGUAUAUAUUUCUGUGUCUACUUUGUUUAUAUGUACAUUUCAUUAAAAUAUUAAGAAAUA